UCUCCCUACCCUUAAACCCUUAUCCUCAAAUCAAACCCACUAAGCUCAAAUAUUUCCCCACUCAAAAAUCAUCAUCCACCCCCAAACCUUCCCUUCUUUCAACCUAUUAAUACCUACCCCCAAUUAUUUAAGCUUCUACUUCCAACUUCCAUCCCAAACUCACCAAAACUCUCUCUACUUUCUCUUCUCUUUCCAUCACUCUGUUUUGACUCUGUUUCUCCCCUGUUUCUCCUCUGUUUUCUCACAAAUCAAUUUCUUUCCUUUCCUUUUCCCUCUACUGAGAAAGAUGACACGUGCGAUGAGGAUUCUCAAUACGGCGGGAAAAUCCGCCGCGGUGGCAGCUGCGGUGGCGCCACCGCCGGAGGCGGUGACUCUGGAGUCAGAUUUCGUGGUAAUCCUAGCUGCCCUUCUCUGCGCUCUGAUAUGCGUGGUGGGGCUCAUAGCGGUGGCGCGGUGCGCGUGGCUCCGGCGAGUCACCGGCGAUGGCGGCUACCCCACCCGGCAAGCUCUGGCUAACAAAGGAGUGAAGAAGAAGGUGGUCCAGUCGCUGCCCAAAUUCGCCUACGCAGACAGCAGCCCGAGAGAGUGGCUGGCGACGACGGAGUGCGCGAUUUGCCUGGCGGAGUUCGACGCCGGCGACGAGAUCCGCGUGCUGCCGCAGUGCGGGCACGGGUUCCACGUGGGCUGCAUCGACACGUGGCUGGGGUCACACUCCUCUUGCCCUUCCUGUCGGCAGGUUCUGGCGGUGGCGGCGCGGUGUCAGAGGUGUGGGCGUCUCCCGGCCGCUAAUAACAGCGGCGGUGGAGGAGCCACCAGUGUGGCGGUGAAUGAACCGGAGUUGAAAUCCGGAGAAGACGAAAAUGCCCCUGCUGUUAAUAGUAACAAUAAUGCUAGUGGUAGCAGUGGAACAGAACAUCACAGUCACAACGUUAACAGUGGAUUCUUGCCGUGACAAGAAAAAAUAACAGUUGUAGUUUUUGUAUGUAUUAGCAGGGUUAAUUUGGUACUUUUCUUAGUCUAUUGAGCUUGAACUUGAUCGGAAUCUGGGAAAUUUUUUCGCUUUUGUAAUAAUACAUUCCUAAUCUUUGUGCAAA